GAUUUUGGUGGCACGUGGUCAAGUAUCCAUAUGUAGAAGACUUGUGAACCAAAUACUGAAGACUUGUGGAGAGAUAUCAAGAUAAGCAGGUUUUCGUUUCAGGUUGCAAAGCUGUAAGGAAAAUGGAGACAAAACCAGAUGGUUGGGUGGGUGAACUGAAGAAUGAACUGAAUGAAAGGCUUAAUGUAGUGGUUGUUCCAGAAAUGUCUGGAUUCCAUGAACAUUGCAUCUACAAAGUACCACCAAGAAUUCGCCAAACUAAUCCAACAGCUUAUACACCUCAAGUCAUUUCCAUUGGUCCUUUUCACAGUCCACUUGGUUCAAGUAGUGACAACAUUUUGCACCAAAUGGAACCACUCAAACUCAACUAUUUCAAAGGAUUUCUAAAGAGAACAGAGUUAUCUGUGGAUGAUUUAAUUUUCAAAUUUCAAGAGUUGGAAAGUAGAAUCAGAAGUUGUUAUGCAGAGGUUUUUAGCUUUAAUAGCAAAGAUUUCGUAAAAAUCAUUAUCAUUGAUGCAUGCUUCAUAAUUGAACUUUUUCUUAGGAAUAAGCAAUUCACAAAAUGGGAGGAAAAUGACCCUAUAAUGCUAAAUUUUGGGUUACGAUAUGACAUUGUACGUGACUUAACACUCCUUGAAAAUCAGAUACCUUUUUUUGUUCUUGAAGAAAUAAUCCAAUUAACUAGUUUAGGAAGUGGAUUUUCAUUUCUUUCAGUUGCUAUGGAUUAUUUCGUACCUUUCAACAGAAACCUGCUAUCCAUAGAGCCAGAAACAGUACAGUGUCCAAAACACUUCACAGAUCUGUUAAGAACAAGUUUGCUGCCGCCAACCUCAAGAUUUGAUGAAAUUGACGACGAACUAAUGACAGGUGCAGAUGAACAUGUAUACAGUGUGAGUCAAUUAUCAGAAGCAGGAUUAAUAUUUGAAGUAAGUGAAAGUAAUUACUUACUUGACUUGAAUUUUGAUGGGAAGAGUGUGUUGAAAAUGCCAUGUUUACGUGCCCAUCAUACAACAGAGUCAUACCUGAAAAAUAUAUUAGCAUUUGAAGAAUGUCACAUUUCAGAUCUAGAAGAACGAUACAUUUCUCAGUACUUUAGCAUGUUAGAUUUUCUUAUUAAGACAGAAAAAGAUGUGAGCAUCUUGGUUGAUAAAAAAAUUAUUGUGAAUUGGAUGCGUGAUGCUAAUGCAGUGGCUACAAUGGUUAACAAUCUUUACAAAAAUAUUUCAAUGCCUAUGCGCAACACUCCUGCCAAUACAAAAUAUAUGUCUGUAUGUCCUAGGUUAAAUGAUUUCUAUAAAAAGUCGAUCAAUAAGUAUAAAGUUUCAUUUUUAAAGGAGUACUUCGACACUCCUUGGAAAGCAGCAUCUAGUGUAGCUGCUUUAUUGCUGCUUUUGUUAACUCUCAUCCAGACUGUAUGUUCAAUCCGUAUUGAUAUGAUAGGUUUAAACUAUAAUGUUAAUUUUAUGAAAAUGGAAGCAAAACCAAAUGGUUGUGUGGGUGAACUGAAUGAAAUGCUUAAUGUAGUGGUUGUACCAGAAAUGUCUGGAACCCUUGAACAAUGCAUAUACAAAGUACCACCAAGAAUUCGCCAAACUAAUCCACAAGCUUAUACACCUAAAAUUAUUUCCAUUGGUCCUUUUCACAGUCCACAUGGUUCAACUAGUGACAACAUUUUGCACCAAAUGGAACAACUCAAACUCAAAUAUCUCAAAGGAUUUUUAACGAGAACAGAGCUAUCUGUGGAUGAUUUAGUUUUCAAAUUUCAAAAGUUGGAAAAUAGAAUCAGAAGUUGUUAUGCUGGGAUUUUUAACUUUAACAGCAAUGAUUUCUUAAAAAUCAUUAUCAUUGAUGCAUGCUUCAUAAUUGAACAUUUUCUAAGGGUUUUUAGACACAAAGAUUGGAUUGAAAAUGACCCUAUAUUACUAAAACCUUGGUUAUGUAAUGACAUUGCAUGUGACUUAAUACUCCUUGAAAAUCAGAUACCAUUUUUUGUUCUUGAAAAUAUAUACAAAUUAGCCAAAAUAAACCUUGAAUGCCCUUCAUUUCUUCCACUUGCUACUCACUAUUUUGUACCACUCAACCGACAAAACAUAAAUCCAGCAGCGUGUCCAACUCCAAAACACUUCACAGAUCUUCUAAGAACAUUUUUGCUGCCGACACAGCCGUCAUCAUUUCAUUCCGUAGAAGCAGAAAAGGUAAAAGAAAUUGGACAUGUAUGCAGUGUGAGUCAAUUAUCAGAAGCAGGAUUAGUCUUUGAAGCAAGUGAAAGUAAAUGCUUACUUGACUUGAAUUUUGAUGACAAGGGUGUAUUUAAAAUGCCAUGUUUUCAUGUCGAUGAUGGAACAGAGUCAUACCUGAGGAAUAUAUUAGCAUUUGAAGAAUGUCACAUUUCACAGCUAAGGUCAUGUUAUAUUUCUCACUACAUGUGUAUGUUAGAUUUUCUUAUUAACUCAGAAAAAGAUGUGAGCAUCUUGGUUGAUAAGAAAAUUAUUGUGAAUCGGAUGGGUGAUGAUAAUGAAGUGGCUACAAUGGUUAAUCAUCUUUGCAAAAAUAUAUUACUACCUGAGGAUCAACUGAAUUCAAAAUAUAAGUCUGUAUGUCAUAGGUUAAAUGGUUUCUCCGAAAACCCUCUCAAUAAGUAUAAGGCUAUAUUUGUGCACGAGUACUUCAACACUCCUUGGAAAAUAGCAUCUACUCUAACUGCUGUGUUGCUGGUUUUGUUUACUUUUAUCCAGACUGUAUGUUCAAUCUACUCACUUUUUUAA